AUGAGUAGUGAAGGCAAUCCAAAGCCACUUGCGGAGAGAAAUGAAUUGGAGAAGCAAGAGUCCAAGCUGAGAUCUAUGUACGGGAAUCUCGAAAAGAGGAAAGGCCCGGGGAUGCUUAUGAAGAAACUCCAGGGCGGCGGUCGACAAUACUUCGACUCAGCUGACUACACGCUCCAAAAAGGAGCGAAAGGCAACCCUCUAAUGAAGAAAAAUGACGCAGCAAAGCAAGUCCCUGUUCACAAAGCUACCUUCGAAGAAGGGGGCUCUCCUCGUGAGGCUGCUGGUAAAACUAAAAAGCGACUCAGCAAUACGUCGUCGCUUGCCAAUAUGGAGGACUGCUAG